AUGCCAAAGCGUAAACCCACCAAGCCCGACCAAAAGUCCGCAUCCAAGCCCGACUCGAAGACUGUUUCCAAACCCGACUCAAAGUCCGCACCCAAGCCUAAUCCAAAGUCUGCCUCUAAACCAGCCCCAAAGUCCGCCUCCAAGCCCGUGAGAGAGACGAGGAUCACGUUCACAUACCCGUCCCUCCACGAGGCCGUCUCGGAAGCCGUAUCCGCUGAGAUAGCCCCUCCACGGUUCGAAGAAGAUGGCAGCAAUGGGACCUCCAACAACUCCUUCAGUAGCAACGUGAUGGGCAAGUUCACGUGCACCAACAGGAAGUGCUCCAACGCCCGCUGGUCCAGCAAGAAGGUGACCAUCGUCAUCAGGGGGUACCCGGGAAACGGCUACGACGCCCUUGUCUACAACCAGCGCUGCCGCGGCUGCAACGGCCUCGGCACAUUCGCCCUCAACAAGGACUCGUACGUCGAACGGGUCGCGUACCGGCUCAAGAGGUGGGCAGGCAUCCAGAUGGAACCGCCGCCGUACACGAAAAAGGCCACUCCGCCGCACAGGGAUGACCUCUGCGAGGGUUGCAAGCAAGGGGUCUGCAAGCAGGGGAACGGCGGUGGAAGUUUCGAAUUUUGA